AUGGAUUUACAAAAGGAGGUUUGGGAUGACUCGGAGCUUCGAAAUGCCUAUGAAACAGCUUUAGCAGAAUACAAAAAGUACCACAGUCUAGAAGCAGAAAAGUCUCAGGCUCAGGCCCAAUCUCCAGAAGGAUCACAACAAGAGAAACAGGAAACGACAGCUGUAGACCACAAGCAUGAGAAUGCUUCUGCGGCGGAAUCUAACACCAACCUUGUAGAGGAGGAACAAAUGGAGAAAGAUGAUGAAGACCAUACUUCCCAACAUCCUUCCCAUGAAGCUGAAAAUGGUGUUUCCAACAUUUCCAUCCCUUUAUCUGCAAACUCUGAACAUCCAUCGACUAUUCCCCCUCCACCCCCGAUCCUGGGUUUAACAUAUGAUGAAACGUAUCGGAGGUUAUUGAUGAGUUGGUAUUACGCUGGUUAUUAUGCGGGCCUUGCUCAAGGCAUGCACCAAAGUCAAUCGUAA